AGGAAAGAAAAGAAAACGACAAACGAGAAAGGGCGGGGCUUGCAAAGAUAGGCAGCGAAGUUUCCGCUCCUCCAUGAUGUUAUUGUUAGAAAGUGCCCCCGGCACAUCCCUUUGUUGCACGUUGCCUUCUCAAUGUCUGCGUUGUUCAUCCUCCUGUCUUUCCCCUUUGAAUCUUCUCUCUCUCUCUCUCUUUCUCUUUCCCUUACACCCCUUUGAGGUUUACAUUUGACUUGGGCUUGCCUUGUCUUCUCUAGAGAGGGAGGCAGGGAGGCAGGGAGGGAGGGGGAGUCAAGGAAGAAGGAGAAAAGAUGAUGCUGCAGAGAGCUGCGAGCAAUGCAUAUUCAUGGUGGUGCAGCCACAUCAGAACCAAGCAAUCCAAAUGGCUGGAACAGAACCUCCAAGAUAUGGAGGAAAAAGUGCAGAAUGUGCUUCAGCUCAUCGAAGAAGAUGGAGACUCCUUUGCCAAGAGGGCAGAGAUGUACUACAAGAAAAGGCCAGAGCUGAUAAACUUCGUUGGAGAGUCCUACAAAGCCUAUCGAGCGCUCGCCGAACGGUAUGACCACAUAUCAACAGAGCUACAGAAUGCCAACACCACGAUCGCCUCAGUUUUCCCAGAGCAAGUCUCGUUUGCCAUGGACGAAGAUGAUGAAGAUAGCCCGAAGAGGCCUGUCCAUGACGUCCCGAAGCAGAACAUUCCGAAAGUACCAAAAGCUCCCGUCAAGGAUUUGAAGACCAUCUUGACAUCUGGCGCGAAGAAGUUGCAAAACAAGAAGGACAAGAAAGCGGCAGGUGCUGCUAACAAGGUCCCCAAAUCUGGUUUGAGCAAAGCGGAAGCGCUGGAGAAGAUCGAUAAGAAUCAGAAGGACAUCCUCGCCCUGCAGACGGUGAAGGAGUUUGUGAGGAGCUCGUAUGAGAGCGGGCGCGCGAGAUACUGGGAUAUCGAGAAGCAGAUCCAGGAGAUGCAAGAAGAGGUCUCCAACUUACAAGAUGAAUUCGGCGAGGGAAUGGUCAUCGAAGACGAUGAGGCGCGGAGCGUGAUGACCACGGCCGCUUUGAAGUCUUGCCAAGAAACCUUGCUCAACUUGCAGGAGAAGCAGAAGAAAUUCUCCGAGGAAGCAAGAACAGAGCAAGAGAAGAUCAAGAUCGCUCGGGAAAAGUUCAUGUCGUUGAAGAAAAAAUUCCUUCCUAAAGAGAACAGCGAAGAAAUUCCGUCUAUCGAAUCGGAGAGAUCGAGCCAAGAAGCCGCAAGUGCGCAAGGAGGAGAAGAUUUGCGAAUCUUUGAAGAAAAGAUCAAGCAACAUUUACAGGCCGAAUUCAGUACAUCGCUGACGGUGAGCGAAAUGGCGGAGAAGAUUGAUGAGCUCGUGAAUAAGGUGAUCAUCUUGGAAACUGCAGUCUCAUCUCAAACCGCUCUUAUAGAAAGAUUGAGAGCAGAAACCAGCGGUCUUCAAACGCAAUUUGAACUGUUGGAAGACGAUAAGGCGAACUCAAUCGAUGGUUCUGACGAUACGCGGAACAAGAUGCGGGAGAUGGAAGAGAAGCUGCACGGAGUAGAGGAUCUUAACAGGAGCCUCGAGGAUCAAGAAAAGAAUCUAAGUACGCAUUUCACAGAAGCGCGUUGCAACUUAGAACACCUGUCCAACAAUCUGGGAAGCGUAAGAUCAGAUGAAGGGCAGGAAGUCCCUUCACUGCCUAACGAAGUGGGAAGCGUAAGGCCGGAUGAAGAGCAGGAAGUAGCCUCCCUGCCUAUCGGAGGAGCUUUAGCUGAAGGAGAGAAACCAGAAAUUAACGACAGGUCUGGGAAAUUGCCAGAACAAGAUCGAGAGGAGGACCGUCCUGUUCCAUUGGCAUCCUCGCAGGCAGAUGAGGGACUGCAGUCUUCGAGUUCAUCGCCAAUUCAGGAUGCAUCUCUCGUCAGUAGGGGGUCACCCGAGUCUAGUCCAAUGGGUUCCAGCGAUAAUCGUGACAAAGAUGCAGAAACAACAACCGAAAUUGAAGAUGACGGGGUUGAACAUGUUCAGAAAUCUUGUUCUAGUGCCUUGGAAAAUAGUGCUGUCCAGGCCGAAGAUAAUUUGGAAAUUCAUCCAGUUAAGCCCAAUGGUGCACAGUUGCAAAAUGAAGUCGAGCCACACGUCGAACCACGGAAGAUGCAUGUUUCCUGGAAAGAUGAAGUACAAGAAGAGACAUUGGAGGAAGAAGAACCAAACUGGAAGGAAUUGUUCCUUAAAGGGUUGGAAAAUAGAGAGCAGACUCUUCUGAAGGAGUACACCACUGUUCUUCGAAAUUUUAAGGAGGUCAAGAAGAAGCUCACGGCCACAGAGAAGAAAACCCUGGCCCCAGAUGGUCUCCUCGAUACAAGCGUGCAGCUGCGGGACCUAAAGAACUCAAAUGCCAUGAAGGAUGAAGAGAUUUUGUCGCUCCGUCAGAAACUCAACCUUAUGCAAACGGUUUUAGAGGGCAAUGCCGGGUCAGUUAAGGCUGAAACCCACAUAAGAAAGGAGCAAGAGACAGAAGAUGACAUAAAGUUGAUUCUCGAUUCGACUUCGGAGAUUGAAGAAAAAUUCAGGAUGGAUAUCGAUCAACUGCUGGAGGAGAACUUGGAAUUCUGGCUCAGGUUCAGCGCAGCAUUACAUCAGAUACAAAACUACGAAACCGCAGUCGAGGACCUCCAAGCUGAGACAACAAAACUCCUGGAAAAAGAAAAGAAGAAAGAAGGAAGCCGGUCAGGACCUUUGAAAUCAGAUGUAAAGCCAAUAUACAAGCAUUUGAGAGACAUUCAGAACGAGCUCACCGUUUGGCUAGAAAAGUGCAUGACAAUAAAAGACGAGCAGCAAUGCAGAUUCUCAUCGCUGUGCAAUAUCCAAGAAGAGAUCACCAAGGCACUAAAAGUGAGCGCAGAAGAUGACGACUUCAAAUUCACCAGCUACCAAGCUGCAAAGUUCCAAGGUGAGGUCCUGAACAUGAAACAAGAGAAUAACAAGGUUGCAGAUGAACUGCAGGCUGGUUUGGACCACAUAUCCGCCCUUCAAGUGGAGGUCGAGAAGACUUUGGCAAACCUAAACGAGGGAUUUGGAAUUUCGGGAUCGAGAAACAGUCAGCAAACCAGCCACUUGAGACACUCUGUCAGCAAGACACGAGUCCCUCUGCGCUCAUUCAUUUUCGGUGUCAAAACGAAGAAGCAAAGAUCCUCACUCUUCACUGCUAUGAGCCCUGCAAUGCAUAGGAAGUACAAUGCCUUCAAAGCAGCACAUCAGUAGCGCCAAUUUUUUUCCCCGUUCCUUUUUGAUUUUUCCUGUUCUUUAUGCUGGAUUAUGGUUAUAAUUUUUCUGAGCAUUUAGUUUAGGCAGCUACAUGUUCUUUAUGUACCACCGUUCGGAAGUUGAACAAAUGUAUCUUUUUUGUCAUCAGUGAAAUGACAGAAGCAGGUCCCUCCUCUGGAAGAGACCGAGAAGUGAUGGUUCACUGUUAGACAAUAA